UUCCUAAGCAAUCUGCUAUUUCUCUCUCUCUUCUUCACCUAUAGUUUAUCUCUUAUUCUCUCUUUUUUUUUUGGGUUUCUCUUAAUUUUAAUUUUCCGAAAACAUAAACGACAUUGAUGAUUCUUAUAAUUUCUUCAUCAGAUCCUUUAAUUCUUCUCAAAUUCUGAUUCUCUCCGCAUCAAUGAUAACUUCGUAGUUGGAGAUUCGUUGUGGAUGAAGAUUAUUGAUUGGUCUUUUAUGUUUUGAACAAUGUUGCUAACUUUUCAGAUUAAUCAGUCUUAUGAUGAGAAGUUGGUUCUUGAUUACAAUCUCUAUAUCAUACUACAAUCAACAAGUAAACCGUUUAUGCAAUCUUGUGGCGGUUCUUGUGUUCAAAGAGUAGAUAACUAUUCUUCAAGGUGGAGGUUAUUAGAGGUCAAUUGACGGGUUUUUUAAUCGUUGUUGUAUCGCCCCAAUAAACGGAAUCAUGGAAAGGUAUAAGAUUUUGGAAGAGCUUGGUGAUGGUACUUGUGGUAGUGUAUAUAAAGCUGUAAACUUGGAAACAUAUGAAGUUGUUGCUGUUAAAAAGAUGAAGAGAAAGUUUUAUUAUUGGGAAGAGUGUGUGAAUUUGCGAGAAGUAAAGGCUCUUCGUAAGCUAAAUCAUCCUCAUAUCAUAAAGUUGAAGGAGAUUGUGAGGGAACAUAAUGAGCUGUUUUUCAUCUUCGAGUGCAUGGACCACAAUCUGUACCAUAUAAUGAAAGAAAGGGAACGACCUUUUUCUGAAGGAGAAAUUAGAAGUUUUAUGUCGCAGAUGCUGCAAGGGCUCGCACAUAUGCAUAAAAACGGUUAUUUCCAUCGAGAUCUGAAACCCGAGAAUUUGCUGGUGACCAACAAUAUCCUGAAAAUUGCUGACUUUGGGCUCGCUAGAGAAGUUGCAUCUAUGCCUCCUUACACUGAAUAUGUGUCCACACGUUGGUAUCGAGCUCCAGAAGUUUUGCUACAGUCUUCAUCAUACACUCCUGCAGUUGACAUGUGGGCAGUGGGGGCGAUAUUAGCUGAGCUUUACGCUUUAUCUCCGUUAUUUCCUGGUGAAAGUGAGAUAGAUCAAUUAUACAAGAUCUGCUGUGUUCUUGGCAAGCCGGAUUGGACCACCCUCCCUGAAGCGAAAAGCAUAUCUCGAAUAAUGAGUAUUAGUCACACAGAAUUUCCGCAGACACGAAUUGCUGAUCUACUCCCCAAUGCUGCUCCUGAAGCUAUUGAUUUGAUCAAUCGACUUUGCUCAUGGGAUCCAUUGAAACGACCAACUGCUGAUCAGGCACUAAAUCAUCCGUUUUUCAGUAUGGCUACACAGGCUUCAUAUCCUCUCCAUGACCUUGAGCUGAGGCUUAAUAACAUGGCGGCAAUGCCUAAUCUCGAGCUAAAUCUCUGGGACUUUAAUACUGAACCUGAGGAAUGUUUUCUUGGCUUGACACUGGCUGUAAAACCAAGUGCUCCUAAACUAGAAAUGGUGCCGAAUGUAUCUCACGACAUGAGCGAGAAUUUUCUCUUUUUCCCCGGGGUAAAUAAUGAUCGGGAACCAUCAGUUUUCUGGUCUCUGCUCUCUCCUGAUGAAAACGGCCUCCACACUCCAGUUGAAUCAUCUCCUUUAUCUCUGUCCUUCAGUCCAAUGCAGCAUCACACAACACUGGGACCUCCGCAGUCGACAGGGUUCACAAUGACAUCAUCAGUGCAACCGAAUAUGUUGGACCGCCCGUGGAUGGCUGUGUCUGCGCCAUUUCAACAAAGUCAUUACCUCUGAUCUAAUAAACCCAUACCCUAGUAAAAAAGUAAAUAACACAGAGGUUUCGAAAGAUUUGAGUUAAACAAGAUAGGAAAAACAAAACAGAGGAAAGUUUUUAGAUUUUUCAUUUUUGUCACCUAUUAUUGGUUCUUAACUUGUAAAAAUUGAGGUUUGGGUGAUGCACUUUCUUCUUAGAGCUUGAGCUAAAUCAUAUCAAACAAAUAAUCUCCCAAUUCUUGUCUCUGUAUAAUAUAUGAAAAAGAGAGAAAUUUGCUUGUUUGUC